UCCCCUCGGCCGCUCUCGCCCGGCGCCGCUCGGCAUGCUGCCGCGGUUGCGCGCCGCCGUGGCGCAGCUGGUGGCGGGGUUCGGCGCUCAGCCCCCUCCGGAGCCCGGUGGGGACCGAGGAUCUCCUCCGCCGGCGGAGCCGCCGUUCUCCCGGCCGCCCUUCCUGCAGCUGAGCCCCGAGGAGCUGCGCCUCGCCGGGGAGCGGGCGCUGCGGGCGGUGCAGAGCCCUCGCCGCCGCCUGCCCUGGAGCACGGGCUACGCCGAGGUGAUAAAUGCAGGGAAGAGCCAGCACAACGAGGACCAGGCGUGCUGCGAGGUGGUGUUUGUGGAGAGGAGACCCAGCCCGAGGGGCCGGCUGGUGCCGGGGGAAGGCGGCAGGGAGCCGGGCAGGGGCAGGAAGGGCUUUUAUUUCCACUACUGGGCCUUGUUUGAUGGCCAUGCGGGCAGCGGUGCUGCAAUUAUGGCAUCCAAGAGGCUCCAUCUGCACAUCUGCGAGCAGCUCCGGGACCUUGUGGACAUCCUGCAGGACCCCUCACUGCCUCCCAUCUGCCUUCCACGCGAUGCGAGGGCUGGCCCGGUGGAGCUGAGCCAGGUGCCCCUCGCAGAGGAUGACGAGGAGGUCCCAAAUGAUGCUGUGCCACGGUUUCACUUGGAGAAAGUGGUUUCUCACGAGAGCCUGGUGGUUGGUGCCAUCGAGAACGCUUUUAAGCACAUGGAUGACCAGAUUGAGGAGGAGCGAGGGUCCCAGCGCCUGUCCGGGGGCUGCUGUGCCUUGGCUGCUGUCUACCUCAUGGGCAAGUUCUACGUGGCCAACGCUGGUGACAGCAGGGCCAUUAUCAUCCGUAACGGGGAAAUCAUUCCAAUGUCCAGAGAGUUUACUCCAGAGACAGAGAGGCAGAGGCUGCAGUUUUUAGCGUUCCUACGGCCCGAGCUGCUGGGGAAGGAGUUCACCCACCUCGAGUUCCCCCGCAGGAUCCAGCCCAAGGAGCUGGGCAAGAAGAUGCUCUACAGAGACCAGAACAUGACUGGCUGGGCUUACAAAAAGAUAGAAGAGGAGGACCUGAAGUUUCCUCUUAUCUACGGGGAAGGCAAAAAGGCGCGGGUGAUGGCCACAAUUGGGGUCACGCGGGGCCUGGGAGAUCAUGACCUCAAGGUGUUCGGCUCCAACAUCCACAUCAAGCCUUUCUUGUCCUGCUUGCCAGAAGUCAGGGUUUACGACCUCACGCAGUAUGAGCACUGCCCCGAUGACGUUCUGGUCUUGGGCACCGACGGGCUCUGGGAUGUCACCGAUGACAAGGAGGUGGCUGGCGUGGUGAUGGAGGUGCUGAUGAGCUAUGAGCCCAACGACCCGUGCAGGUACACCAUGGUGGCCCGGGAGCUGGUGGUGCGGUCCAGGGGUGUGCUGAAGGAGCGGGGCUGGCGGCUGGCUAACGACAAGCUGGGCUCUGGCGAUGACAUCUCUGUCUUCGUGAUCCCUCUGGGCGGCCCGGGCAACUACACGUGAUACCCAAUGACCCUGGGGCAGGGGGGCUUGGCUUUCCUUGCCUGGAUGGAGAGGAGUAGGACAUGGACUCAGCCUUGGGGCCACCUUUUCCCCAAACGCUCCCUUCCUGAGCCAAACGAGUGGAGGAUUAAGAAACCUGGAGCUUCUGUCGGUGCUCCUGCCCAGAGCAUCCCCCUCCACCUGCUGCAUCCCAGCCCCGAUGGAGAUGGAAAGGCCUUGGACGGAGAGCGCGGACUGGGGUUGAAGGAUGUUUUUCAUGCUGCUACUUUCUUGAUUGCUGUGAAAAGCCUAAAGGCUGCUCGCUGCGUCCCUCGCACCUCACCCCGUGCCUGUGUGGUUCCAGUGGUGCGUGAUGAUCCCUACCUGGAGGAGCACGUGCCCACUGCUGCCAUCGUCUCCUCAUCCCCACCCUGUGCCACUUGCACCACUGACACCGGAGCUGCCGUCGGAGCCGUGGGCAGGGAUGAGGAUGACCUGUGGCACGGGGUGAAGCCCUGCUGGCAGCCAGGUGAUGCUCAGCCCGGCAGAAGCCCAGCGGUGGGUGAGCAUCCCAGCUUUGUUCGGCCCCUCACUCCCUCAUUCCAGCCAUGUACCUUGUCUUGGCCUCCACUUUGGGAUGCUGGGGCGCACACAGAGCCCCGGGGAAGGAAUGAGCUUGUGCCACGGGUUUUCCCCCCUGCCCUUCCUCAUGUCUUCGAUUGCUGCUGCAUUUCUUGAGCCAAUUAUUUAUUAUUAACUGGAGAACUGAGCUGGAAAGUGUCUAAAUCCCCUCUUGGGGGGGGUCAGUCUCUAUGAGUACGUGGCUGUAUUUGUGAGCAGUUCUGAGUUGGCCGCUGCUGAGCUGCAGUUGCACACAGAGCAGCCUUAUUCAGCCAAGCUUAACAGCUUAGACGUGGAUCUGCUUAGCUGGGGGCUGGAAACCACGGUGAAAGCAGCUUGGUUGUGACUGGGGCAGGGAGACGACUCCCUCCUUCUCCUUAAUGAUCUCAGAGCUGGUGCUGAGCAGAGCUGUAGCAGCAGUUGUUCUGCGCAGGGUCUUGUUUUGCAUCACGCAUAGCUCUGACCUGGAGGAUGCAUUUCCUGGACCUCAACAGAGCAUUACAGCCUCCCGAAACACGAAGGAUGGCCUCGUCCUGGCAGCGUGGUGAUGGUUUUGUGCUUCGGACGGGCUCCGUGGCACCAGUGGUUCGUGUCCUGCUGUCGCCAGAUCUUGUCAGGCGUCACCCUUGAUGGAUGCUGUUUGUCUCCUGUAAUCAGCAAGAUGUAAAUAAACUGGGUGCACUUCACGGGAAGUGAUAUUUAUCCAGUGGGAUGUGAACCUGGUGCCAUCGUCUGUGCCGCAGGGAGUGAUACCGGGAGCCUGUCUUUGCGGAGCAAACCUGUGUUUAAAUAAAGGUUUUGCCAGUCACGAU